GGCCGAUGGUUUCUGGAGGAGCUCGUAUGUUUUCGCUUAGUCAGCUGCCAUGCGGAGCAUCGUUGUUCCCCCUUGGUCCCAUAGCACCCCGCGUAUACCUCGUUAAGUGCACUGAGGGUCUGCCGGAGGGCCGCUGUUGCCAUAAAGGUGCUGAGGGACUGCUGAAACACCGCCGUUACCUUAACGAUGCGUUCACUCUGGCGGCUCUGCGGUGCAGCGCUCCCUGACGCAGAGGAAACACGUUUCAAAAGCUGCGGAAUCACACACACAAAUCCUUCCUCUCGCAGCCUUACUGGAAAUACCCAUUAUUAUUAGCGCACGGGCCGCGAACGCGAAUAAAGCAGCAGCGAUCCGCUCGCAGGCGUCCCGCUAAAGAAUCUGCUUCACGUGACGCCCUCGUCUCCAGUCCGCCUCGGGAGAUGAAGACGCGCACGGUAAAGCGAGUGAAUCACGCGACGGCGACGGGUUAUUCGGGAUAAGGCGGCAGCAGCACCUGGGCAACGCUUAGCGCAAGCAGGAAUGGAGGAGCGGCGCUUUCUGAGGGAAUGCUGCAGCGGAAACCUGGAGACAAGCGGAUGCAUCACUGAAAUAAAUAAGCAAUGAGUUUCCCGGAGCGCCGCAGUCUUGGUCUGUCUAAAGCAGGGUGGCAAAACUUGACUUGAUUUUCGCUUGUUUUUGUGGAAUACCUCGGUGUUACUUGCUAGAUUUUGUACUCAGACGCUUUAGAGAAAGGGCAACACACGCACACACAUUCCCGAAAAGGGGGCGGCGAGGGUCUUUCCAGUGUGAACUCCAUCUGCCUCCUCAUACUUGAUCUACACGAGACAGUCCCGAAGCGGUCUGGCCUUGCUGGUUUUCCACGGGGCGAAAUAAAACAUCGCUGCCAUCGCAGGUUUAUGUGUGUGAAAGACAACGAGGUGCCAUCCUGCUUGGAUAACUUUCACUUGAAUCUAAUUGCUGUAAGGGGAUCUUCCUGGUGAAGAGCAGCCCUCUUAUGCGUGGAUUUUUACUUGCAUCCGAGUGUGGGGAAUGACCGAGCCGCUGCGGCUGCACAGACACGGAGAUUUUGACAGGGUACUGGGAAGCUAAGGACCUCUUUAACAGCAUAGUGCACAAAGCCAUCAUAGGCAGCACUCAUGCUCAGACCCUCAUUUGUGGCAACUCCACGAAGACUGUGACCAGACUGCAAACUGAACAAAGACGUGCUACAAGCUUCAUCCCACUCCCUAGCCUGGUGUUAUCCAUUGGAGCUCCCUAAACUACUUUUUUGAAAGCUUUCCCAAGAUCCCCGCUUCAUGAUGGCGGCUUCAGCCCGCGAACACCUUCUGUUUGUGCGCCGCCGCAACCCUCAGAUGCGCUACACUUUGAGCCCAGAAAACCUACAGAGCCUCGCAGCUCAGAGUGCCAGCCCCACUGAAACCAUGGGCUUCCAACGUGCCAACAGUGACACAGACUUAGUUACUUCCGACAGUCGCUCCUCCCUUACUGCUAGCACCUAUGAGUUCACUCUUGGACGCUCCCAGAACCUGAUCAUCUCCUGGGACAUCAAGGAGGAAGUGGAUGCCACAGACUGGAUUGGUCUUUACCACAUUGAUGAGAACUGCCCAGCAAAUGUAUGGGAUUCAAAGAACAGAGGUGUGAAUGGUACCCAGAAGGGGCAAAUUGUAUGGCGACUGGAGCCUGGACCAUACUUCAUGGAACCUGAAACUAAGAUAUGUUUCAAGUAUUAUCAUGGGGUCAGUGGAGCCCUGCGCGCAACCACACCUUGCAUCACUGUCAAGAAUCCUGGAGUGAUGGUGGGAUCAGAAGGCCUGACUGAGGGCGGAUCUGUGGCAGAGCAUUGUCGGAAACUAAUCAGCUUUACACUUUCAGAUAUUCGAUCUUUGGGCUUGAAAAAGGGUAUGUUUUUUAAUCCUGAUCCCUAUCUAAAGAUGUCCAUCCAGCCAGGAAAGAAAAACACCUUUCCAACAUUUGCUCAUCAUGGCCAAGAAAGAAGGACGACAAUCAUCACCAACACCACUAAUCCUGUCUGGCAUGGAGAGAAGUAUUCAUUUGUGGCCUUACUCACAGAUGUGCUAGAGAUUGAAGUAAAAGAUAAAUUUGCCAAGAGUCGGCCAAUUAUCAAGCGCUUCCUGGGAAAGCUGGUCAUUCCUGUGCAGAGACUUUUGGAGAGGCAUUCAGUUGGAGAACAGACCCUGAGUUUCACUCUGUGUCGACGGCUCCCAACAGAUCAUGUGAGUGGUCAGCUUCAGUUUAAGGUGGAAGUAACCUCUUCCUUGCAUGAAGAUGUUUCCCCAGAUGCAGUAGGGACACUCCUCGGUGCAACCACUAUAAAUGGAGACCCUGGGAGCCCAUCUGAUGAUGAGGACCUACUUGGUGCUCCUAAUUGUAGUGUUGGGGCAGCAAGGGGACUUUCCCCAGCUGGGUCUGAGGGUUCACUUCAUGGGGACUCUUUAAGAGAUGCAAGUUUUGCAGGUCAUCAGCUGUCCUCAGUUGAAACUGCAACAAUGGGAGGAAUGGAAGAAGAAGUCCAACAAAUCCAACAUGGAAGUGACGGAGAUUCUCCUUCUCGCUGUUCUCAAGCAUUGCGUCAGGAAUCCCUGAAUGACUACCUAGAUGCAAUUGAAAGAGUUGGAACCAAAUCAGGAUCUGGCACCAGUGUGGAUUUGAUGAGUGAGCUGUCUAUAGGUGGUGCUUCUCCAAAACUAAGGAGUAGCUUCCCAACAGAUACAAGACUGAAUGCAAUGCUGCACAUUGACUCUGAUGAAGAAGAAGAGCCACAUCAACUAGAUGAAGGAUCAUCACAUAGCAAUACCUUAAGAGAUUUAGACAGAGGACUUGUGAUGCUACAUGAAGGUGCACGAUCAGUAAGUGGCAGUAGGGAACCAAAGGGAAAUUGUGCAUCUGAGGUAAAUGAGGUGGAAGGUGCCUCAUCACAACAUGUGGAGCAGAGUGAUUUAAAGGAGGAAAACAAUGAUCUCAGGGGUCUUCAUCGACUUCUUCAUAGCUUGCCAUCCACCCACUUACUUGGGGAUGAAGAAGAGGAAGAAAGUGGAAAUGCAAUGGCUGAUUUUGAACAAAGCUCCAGUCAGGAACAGGAGAGUGAGACAACUGAUGGAGCUCCGAGCUCAGGGAAUGAGACCACAAGACAAACUUCCACAGGCUGCUCAUCUUUUGAGAGUAUGCGCUACCCAGCAUCCUCUUCACAGGAAGAAGAAGAAGGUGCAAUAGCACCCACCGAUCCAGGGGGAGGUAGCACUUCAGAAGCCCAUGGCUCUGCCAGUUUGGAACGCUCACUGCAUAAACAAGAAACAUGUGAAGAGUCAGAGAGCAUGGACGUGCUUCAACCAAGCACUUCAGCAAAUGGGGCAGAAGAGGGGGAGGAGAUAUGGCAGAGAAGACAAAGUAUGCAAGCAGCAGGAGGACAAUCACAGGAAGACGAAGUAAGGCCGCGAUGUUUAGCAACAACCAGUUCUGAAGACUCAAGCCAAGGAGCCCCGGAAACAGAUGGGGAUGCAGGAGCCCAAUCAAAUGGACACCAGCCUAUACGCUGUCUGCCUUCAGUACGACAAGAUGUCAGCAGAUACCAACGUGUGGAUGAACCCUUACCACCCAACUGGGAGGCACGAAUUGAUAGCCAUGGACGGAUUUUCUAUGUGGACCAUGUCAACCGGACUACAACUUGGCAAAGACCCACAGCUCCAGCAGCCCCCCAGGUGUUGCAGAGGUCCAAUUCCAUACAGCAAAUGGAACAGUUGAAUCGCAGGUACCAAAGUAUACGCAGAACAAUGACAAAUGAGAGGCCUGAAGAUCAUUCUCCUGAUAUGACAUCUGAAGACAAUGAUCUCAUGCAUCACUCUGCCCCAGAAUACCGUCGGGAUGGAACAUUACCAGCCUCAAGCUCCCGCUCUCGCCUUUCCUUGCUGUUGCAAUCUCCUACAGUCAAGUUCCUGACAAGUCCAGAGUUCUUCACCGUGCUGCAUACCAACCCUAGUGCCUACCGUAUGUUUACAAACAAUACAUGUCUAAAGCAUAUGAUCACCAAAGUGCGACGAGACACUCACCACUUUGAACGCUACCAGCAUAAUCGUGACCUCGUGGCAUUCCUUAAUAUGUUCGCCAACAAACAGCUGGAGCUACCUCGAGGUUGGGAGAUGAAGCAUGACCACCUAGGCAAGCCCUUCUUUGUGGAUCAUAAUUGUCGCAGCACCACCUUCAUUGACCCACGCCUUCCUCUUCAAAGUAGCCGGCCAACCAGUGUGUUGGCACACCGACAACAUCUGACUCGGCAACGCAGCCAUAGUGCCGGGGAGGUGAGCACACGCCGCCUGGUGGGUGAUGACUCUCGACACACUGGACCACCAGUUCUUCCACGGCCAUCCAGCACCUUCAACACAAUGAACCGAAACCAAUACCAAGAUAUUGUUCCAGUGGCUUACAAUGAUAAGAUUGUGGCAUUCUUGAGACAGCCAAAUAUUUUUGAGAUCCUGCAGGAACGACAGCCAGAGCUCAUUAGGAAUCACUCACUCAGGGAGAAGGUGCAAUUCAUUCGCAGUGAAGGCACUGUAGGGCUGAUGCGCCUCUCAAGUGAUGCAGACCUGGUUAUAUUGCUAAGUUUAUUUGAGGAGGAAGUGAUGUCAUAUGUCCCCCCACAUGCUUUACUGCAUCCAAGCUACUGUCAGUCACCACGAGGCUCUCCAGUUUCUUCCCCACAGAAUUCUCCAGGGACCCAGCGAGCCAAUGCCCGUGCCCCAGCACCCUACAAGCGAGAUUUUGAGGCCAAAUUACGGAACUUUUACCGCAAGCUGGAGACUAAAGGUUAUGGGCAAGGCCCCGGAAAGUUAAAGUUAAUCAUCCGCAGGGACCACCUAUUAGAAGAUGCCUUUAAUCAGAUCAUGGGCUACUCUCGGAAGGACCUUCAGAAAAAUAAGCUCUAUGUUACGUUUGUGGGUGAGGAGGGGCUGGACUAUAGUGGCCCAUCUCGAGAAUUCUUCUUUCUGGUGUCCAGAGAACUUUUUAAUCCUUAUUAUGGCCUGUUUGAGUACUCUGCUAAUGAUACGUAUACUGUACAAAUCAGCCCCAUGUCAGCCUUUGUUGAUAAUCAUCAUGAGUGGUUUCGAUUCAGUGGGCGGAUUCUGGGCUUGGCACUUAUCCACCAAUAUUUGCUGGAUGCUUUCUUUACAAGACCUUUUUAUAAGGGUCUUCUGAGAAUACCAUGUGAUUUGAGUGAUCUAGAGUAUCUAGAUGAGGAGUUCCACCAAAGUUUGCAAUGGAUGAAGGACAACGAUAUCAGUGAUAUGCUGGACCUUACUUUCACUGUUAAUGAGGAGGUCUUUGGACAGAUCACAGAGAGAGAGCUGAAGCCAGGAGGUGCAAACAUCCCAGUCUGUGAAAAAAACAAGAAGGAGUAUAUUGAGCGCAUGGUUAAAUGGAGAAUUGAACGUGGCGUAGUUCAGCAAACAGAGAGUCUUGUUAGAGGCUUCUACGAGGUGGUGGAUGCCAGGUUGGUUUCAGUAUUCGAUGCCCGUGAACUGGAGCUAGUGAUCGCAGGGACAGCAGAAAUUGACUUAAAUGAUUGGAGAAAUAAUACAGAAUAUCGAGGAGGAUACCAUGACAACCACAUUGUGAUCCGAUGGUUCUGGGCAGCAGUUGAAAGAUUUAACAAUGAGCAGAGACUUCGCUUGUUGCAGUUUGUGACGGGCACCUCCAGCAUACCAUAUGAAGGUUUCGCGUCAUUAAGAGGAAGCAAUGGACCUCGACGGUUCUGUGUGGAGAAAUGGGGCAAGAUCACUUCAUUACCCAGAGCCCACACCUGCUUCAAUCGUUUGGAUCUGCCACCGUACCCUUCAUUUUCCAUGCUAUAUGAGAAGAUGCUGACGGCUGUGGAGGAGACGAGCACUUUUGGUCUGGAGUGAGAAGCUCACAUUCACCCUUCUUACCAUGUUCAGUCAAUGCUCAUGAACCUGACCUCUGCUUGCUGCUUUCCACAUGGUGCUCUGCCUGUUUUCUGCAGCAUGUUGUCGGUGGGGCACGUUAUACUGGGCAGUGGCUUUGGAUUGAUGCUUUAACAGACAUUAUUGAAUGCGUAGAAUGGGAUUAGGCAAUUUUUGUCUGAGCACCUUUAACUCUUACAGAAGAAUUAACGGACAAGGAUUUUUCGAAAAAUGAUGCCUUUCCAAUGUGAUCUUUCUUCAAAAAUAAUGCGACCACAGUUUUACAGUACCUACCUUUAUUUUUUUGUUUUGUUUUCACUUGUAAAAUGUCAAGGGAAGGUAUUGAGGACUACAUGCAUUCUAGGCUACCCACUCAUAUUGUUAAUUUAUUGAGAUGACUCUCCAGUACCAUAUCACUGUUCAGUCAGAGCAGGGAAAUUGAUCUGCAAGAUAACCUUCCAUGGAAUACGAUGGACUUUCUAAAUACUGAAGAAAAGAUCUUCCACUAGGGGCAAAGCCGCACUGCUACACAUGCAAGAAAGUAAUAUUUUAAUAUAUUAAAUACAUAUAAAUUAAGAAAAUUAAGUUAUUAGAAAAGCUGCCAAUUUAACAGAGCACAUAAUAUUUGAUGAUUUUGUGUUGAUUAUUUUCCAGUUGUUUAUAAACAGAUUAAGGCUGAA